CUAUGAGAAGAAAUCUCCACGUUUCCCAAGAUCAGUCGUAGAGCAGAAUGAAGAUGUUGGCAGACAUGGCGGCUGAGGGAGAUGUGGAUUUGGACCUGGAGGCAGAGGAGAACUGCACCGGGAAACCGACAGAGAAGCCGCGCAAACACGACAGCGGUGCUGCGGAUUUAGAGAGAGUCACUGACUAUGCGGAGGAGAAAGAAAUCUCCAGUUCUGACCUGCAAACGGCGAUGUCCGUGAUUGGAGACAGGAGAUCCAGAGAACAGAAAGCAAAACAGGAAAGAGAAAAGGAGUUGGCCAAAGUUACAAUCAAGAAGGAAGAUGUAGAACUAAUUAUGGCAGAGAUGGAGAUUCCACGUGGUGUGGCAGAACGCAGUUUGCGGGAACAUAUGGGAAACGUGGUGGAAGCUUUGAUUGCACUGACCAACUGAACUGUUCUGACUUAAAUGUGAGCAGUAGCAUGGACAUCAGAGUGCCUCUUCUUCCACACUGUAUCUUUAUUAAUAGAGUUCUUCACCGAGAAAUUGAUUUCCUCACUCAAUUGUAUUUUGCAGAUUAACCAUGUCCAUCUUUCGCCUUUUGUAACGAACUCCUUAUUAAUUUCCAGUAAAGAUUUUUGUAUAAACAUAUUAAGAGACUAAUCCUGAAA